CUUUUUCAAAAUCUCUCUCUUUGAGGACUGUUCUCUAAUCUCUAUCUCUGCUAGUACUGUUUUCGUGUUCAAGUAGUCUAAGCUCUUUUUUCUUUUUUUCUUCUUUUAACUUUUCUUUAUUGUGUGUAUUCUACUUUUAAAUUUGUCUUCCAACAGUUUAAAGCUGCAACGAAAUCGCCAUAUACAGAAAGAGUGUGCGCAGGAUAAGAGCUUGCACACUCUUUCUACUUUGAAGCAAUUACACAUUAGAGGAGAUUAGUAGAGUUUCAGAUAUAGGUAAAUUAAAAGGAGGGAGCUUUUGAGGGAGGACAGGGAGAAAAAAGAGAGAAGGGGAAUCACAGAGGUGAUGAUGAUAUAUGGAGGGGGUUCAUUGAAAGGUCGGUUUCUUUAGAGGUGAUAAAAACAAGCACUUGAUAAUAACAAAGCCAUCCAAACAGAGAUUGAGAGAGAAAGAGGAGACCCACUCCCAUGCUUCGGUCCGCGUGCUUUGAUGCAAAAUGAUGGUUUUGCCAAUUGUUAUGUCAAGAGGCCCACGUUAAAAAGAUCUCCCUAAGUUGCCUUUUUGCAGGUUGUUGUUUCCUUGAUUUUGGACUCCCUGAAGGGGGAAGGUGUCUCUUAUGUGUCCAAUUGCAUUGGUCUUUCUGGGUCACCCUCAGAUUCACAUGACAUGGUUUAAUCAAUCGUCCCUUUCCUUUCCUUCCUUUGGAGAAACACAUGUCUGAUUUCAAAGGGGGUUUUUUCUCAGUUGAAGUUGUGGGUUUGGGAGUAGAGACGUGAAGAUGGGGUUUUCUUCUCAGUUUUUCUGGUUGGCGUAGAGGGUGUAUGCAUUUUAAACAGAAGCACAUGAUGAUGGGUUCUGUUGAAGAGAAAAUCAAAGCAGGAGGCUUGGUUGGCGGAAUACAGACCAAUCUGCUCGAGGAAAUGAAGUUGUUAAAAGAAAUUCAGGACCAUUCUGGGACUCGCAAGACAAUAAACUCGGAGCUGUGGUACGCAUGUGCUGGUCCACUUGUUUCCUUGCCUCAGGUUGGAAGCCUUGUGUAUUAUUUUCCUCAGGGACACAGCGAGCAGGUGGCAGUUUCCACUAAAAGGACAGCAACAUCACAAAUUCCCAACUACCCAAAUCUUCCUUCUCAGUUGCUAUGCCAAGUUCACAAUGUUACCUUACAUGCAGACAAAGAUACCGAUGAGAUCUAUGCCCAAAUGAGUCUUCAACCAGUGAACUCAGAAAAGGAUGUCUUCCCCAUACCGGAUUUUGGAUUAAAGCCCAGCAAACAUCCCACUGAAUUUUUCUGCAAAACCUUGACAGCCAGUGACACUAGUACACACGGAGGAUUCUCAGUGCCACGAAGGGCAGCAGAAAAGCUUUUUCCUGCACUGGAUUACACUAUGCAACCACCAACGCAAGAGCUUGUUGUCAGAGACUUGCAUGAUAAUACGUGGACAUUUCGCCAUAUUUAUCGUGGGCAGCCUAAGCGGCACCUUCUUACAACUGGGUGGAGCAUAUUUGUUGGUACAAAAAGGCUUAAAGCUGGUGACUCUGUUUUGUUUAUCAGGGAUGAAAAGUCUCAGUUAUUGGUGGGGGUGAGGCGUGCAAAUCGUCAACAGACAACACUACCAUCAUCAGUUCUAUCUGCCGACAGCAUGCAUAUUGGAGUCCUUGCUGCUGCAGCUCAUGCUGCUGCCAAUAGGAGCCCGUUCACCAUUUUUUACAAUCCAAGGGCAUGCCCCUCGGAGUUUGUAAUUCCUUUAGCUAAACACCGAAAAGCUGUGUAUGGCACUCAAGUUUCAGUUGGGAUGAGGUUUGGAAUGAUGUUCGAAACAGAGGAGUCGGGCAAACGCAGAUAUAUGGGCACCAUAGUUGGUAUCAGUGACAUAGAUCCGCUGAGAUGGCCUGGCUCCAAAUGGCGAAAUCUUCAGGUGGAGUGGGAUGAGCCAGGGUGUUCUGAUAAGCAGAAUAGGGUUAGUCCAUGGGAAAUUGAGACUCCUGAAAGUCUCUUCAUUUUUCCUUCUCUGACUUCCGGUCUCAAACGACCCUUGCAUUCAGGAUUUUUAGGAGGAGAAACUGAAUGGGGGAACUUGAUAAAAAGACCACUUAUUUGGCUUCCUGAAAAUGGAAAUGGGAAUUUUCCAUACUCGUCAAUUCCAAACACGUGUUCUGAGCGAUUACUUAAGAUGCUAAUGAAACCUCACGAUAACCAUCCUGGUAUAUAUGAGUCUGCUCUGCCAGAAAUCGCUGCUUCCAAAGGGACUCCUUUAGAUGAUAUGAAGGCCAUGCAGGGAACAGUCAACCAGAUGCCUCAGCUUAACCAGUCUGUAGCCAUGUCAGUAGAAAACCAAACUUAUUCCCAGUUCUGCGCCAGCCAAUCGAAUGCUAUGAUCUCAUCUUCAUCAAAAAUAAAUUUACCUGGGAAGUUGCAUCCUCCUUGCAAUCUCGAGAAUCAAACAGCAGAUGGUAUUAGUAACGAAAAGCUAAAAUCUGAACCUGACCAUUCUACAGAUAAGUUAAGCCAGGUAACCUCUGUAGGAGAAAGCAAUGAGGAAAAGUCAUCCUCAAGUCCUACAAAUCUGCAGAACUGCGGUAACCAGAUGGACUUUCAAAAUCAGAAUCAGGCUCAAUUGCAUGCACAAAGCAGUCUAUGGUCUGUACAGCCACUGUUGGAGCCUUCUGGUGUGCAUCCCCAGCAAAUUAAUAUAUCCCAAGCUGAUUCUAUUCCCCUUAGUGGCUCACUUCCUUUCCUAGAUACUGAUGAAUGGAUUUCAAACCCUUCUUGCAUCUCUCUCCCUGGGAUGUAUGGAUCAUCUGGGCCUUUGUCGAUGUUUGGGUUGCAAGAACAGUCAGCCGGACUCCCAGACCCCUCUAUACCUUUAAUGAAUCAAGGUUUGUGGGAUCAGCAAUUGAACAAUUUAAGAUUUUUAUCCCCAGGAAGCCAUCUCAUUCCUUUAGCUCCGCAAGAACCCUGUAAUCUUAACUCAAGUGGCGCCAAAGAUUUAUCAGAUGAGAGUAAUGAUCAAAGUGGCAUUUAUGAUACUCUUAAUAUUGAUGUUGGCAAUGGUGGUAGUGCUGUAAUUGACCCUUCGGUGUCAAAUGUCAUUUUGGAUGAGUUCUGUACUUCAAAGGGUGUUGAUUUUCAAAAUCCUUCAGAUUGUUUAGUUGGCAACUUUAGCUCAAGCCAGGAUGUUCAGUCUCAGAUUACUUCAGCAAGCUUGGCAGACUCCCAAGCUUUCUCGCAGCAGGAAUUUCCGGACAGCUUAGGUGGUACACCUUCAAGCAAUGUGGAUUUUGAGAAGGGCAAUUACAUGCAGAAUAAUUCAUGGCAGCAAGUUGCUCCACGAGUGCGAACAUAUACAAAGGUUCAAAAGGCUGGCUCUGUCGGGAGGUCAAUUGAUGUCUCAAGUUUUAGAAACUAUGAAGAACUAUGUUCUGCAAUUGAAUGCAUGUUCGGGCUUGAGGGGCUGCUUAAUAAUCCAAGGGAGUCAGGGUGGAAGCUGGUAUACGUGGACUAUGAGAAUGAUGUUCUACUUAUUGGAGAUGAUCCGUGGGAAGAAUUUGUUGGCUGUGUCCGCUGCAUAAGAAUUCUGUCACCUUCAGAAGUUCAGCAGAUGAGCGAGGAGGGAAUGAAGCUUCUUAACAAUGCCAAUAUCCAGGGCCUAGCUGCUUCCGUCACAGAAGGUAGCCGUGCUUGAGAUUGAACAAUGGUGUUCUCUUCUAAUUGGUGGAAACUUUUUCUUUGAAUGGUCUCAUCUGGAUCAAACACUUGCCGAGUUUACGAUUUUUGAUGCUGCAGUGAUGAUGACGUGGGUACUACUGUGUUAGGAUGGAUAUCUUUAGAGAUGUAUGAAAUAUGAGAUGACAUUAGUUCAUGUCUUAACUAAUGCAUGAGAUACUUUAUAAUAACGUGUUUUACAAACUAUAUGGAGUUGAUUAGUGAGGCUAAUUAUGUUUGUUUUUAAUUA